CCCCUCCCUCCCUCCCCUCCCUCUCCCUCCCUCCCUCCUCUCCCCCCUCCCCCUCCUCCCCUCCCUCCCCUCCCUCCCCCUCCCUCCCUCCCCUCUCCCCCUCCCUCCCUCCCUCCUCCCCCUCCCUCCCUCCCUCCCCCCUCCCUCCCCUCCCCCCCUCUCCCUCCCCCCUCCCCCCCUCCCUCCCCCCUCCCCCCCUCCCUCCCCCCCUCUCUCCCCUCCCCCCCUCCUCCUCCCUCCCCCCCUCUCCCUCCUCCCCCCCCCCCCUCUCCUCCCUCCCCCCCUCUCCCCUCCCCCCCUCCUCCCCCCUCCCCCUCUCCCCUCCCUCCCCCCCCCUCCCUCCUCCCCCCUCCCCCUCCCUCCUCCCCCCCUCCCUCUCCCCCUCCCCUCCCCCCCUCUCCCCUCCCCCUCCCCCCUCCCUCCCUCCCUCCCUCCCCCCCCCCUCCCCCUCCCCUCCCUCCCCCUCCCCCCCUCCCCCCCUCUCCCCCCCCUCCCCUCCCUCCCCCUCCCCCCCCUCCCUCCCUCUCCCUCCCCUCCCCUCCCUCCCCCCCCCCCUCUCCCCUCCCCCUCCCCUCUCCCUCCCCCUCCCUCCCUCCCCCCUCUCCCUCCCCUCCCCCCUCCCCUCCUCCCCCCCCUCCCUCUCCCCCCCCCUCUCCUCCCUCCCCCUCUCUCCCCCCU